AUGGCUAUAUAUGUGUACACAAAUGAAAAGCCCAAUAUCUACCUGGACUUCAACAGACAAGUUAGAGAUGGUAGAUCUAAUUAUGGGACAACAUCAUUCCAGUACCAUUCCCUGCACUUCUAUCUAACUGAGGCCAUUCAAAUGCUCAAACGAAGUCAAACAACAUGUAUGACCACCUACCGUAGAACCAACGUUUAUUUUGAUCAAAACGUUAUUAACAAAAUUAUCUGUUUCGGCAGCUUCGCCUCGAGCACUCCAGACCUGAAAAUAGGCAGAGAUUCAUUUGGAACGACGUCCUGCUUUGAGAUCUCCACAUUUUGGAGCUGACAUAUCAUAUUACUCUGUAUUUACUGGAGAGAGAGAAGUCUUAAUUCCUCCCUAUGAGGUAUUCACAUCCAGACGAAGUCACAAGAGAAUAACUUGUGGUGUGAAGUCGUCUACACACUAGUGAACACUGGAGUUCAGAGUGACUUGAAGUGCAAGUUGCAAAAUGGAGCAAAAUCAAACAUGAGAAGCAGCUUUUCUGCAUUCAACCGCACAUCAGGAAAAGGCUACAUAACGCUCUAUAUUAUGUUGAUAAUUACUGUAUAUCACUGAUCAUUCCCCCACUAAUGUACAAUUAAGUAAUCUGUAAAAACAAAAAGGUCACGUUCCUUCUUUCAGUUGUAAUGAUCCUGUUAAAAACUGUUUAACCCACAUUGCUUGCUCAGAUUCAGAUCAAGGUUAUAUUUCUUGAUAUUGUAUUGCAAUUUGUUGACAUUGAAUAGAAUCGUAAUUUGUGAUUUGUUGAAAUGGAACUUGUAUUGAAACCAACAAAGAAAAGCAUUAAGCAUUAUAAUGACAUCUCAUGUCCUCUUGAUCCACUAUGUGUAAAUCUGGUAUAAACCUACAGAGGAUAAUAUUCCAUCUCAUUAAAAGCAACUUCACAACUUCACUUCAUUAGCUGAACCAGCCUCUAGCAACUACCUCACCUAGUUAGCUAUAUGGCUAAUGUGAUCGACAUUGUCAUUCCAUUUACAUGCAGGUAGCAAAUACAGAAAAACAUAUUGUUGACUUUCAAAUAAAUCAUUAGAGGAGUCUCGAGUACCGCAACGGUCUGUGGCAUCACAGUGCUGAGGCGCCACUACAGCCUGGGGUUUGAUCCGGAGGGGGCUUUCCCUGGCUCAUCACACUCUAGCGACUCCUUGUGGCGGGUCGGGCCCUGCAACCUGACUUCGGAUGUCAGUCGAAUGGUGUUUCCUCCGACACAUUGGUGAGGUUGACUUCCGGGUUAAGCAAGCAGUGUGUUAAGAAGUAAGUGGCUAGGCGGGUCAUGUUUCGGGGGAUGCAUGUCUCGACCUUUGCCUCUCCCGAACCCAUUGAGGAGUUGCAGUGAUGAGACAAGGUCGUAACUAGCAACUUGGGAGAAAAUGGUGAAAAACUAUAAUUUCAAACAAAACAAUAAUUAGAAAACAAUACAUAUAGUUUUACAGAGAAGUAACACUUAGUCAUGGCUUUGAAAUAAACUUGAGGCCAAAUAGUAACAAGUAGGCUGGCUAACCAGAGGGAGAAGAUGUGGCUGUCAGAGGGAGGGAGGGAGGGAGGGAGGGAGGGAGGGAGGGAGGGAGGGAGGGAGGGAGGGAGGGAGGGAGGGAGGGAGGGAGGGAGAGCAGGAGCAUGUUUAGUAGUUUCCUGUGUCUUUAAGGUCAGAACUCAGUACAGCUCAAUCUAUCAACUACAAUGAGGAGAGAGUGGUCUCAUUCCAGGCCAACUAUAUUGCAGUCAGGCUGCACACAACAACCAAUGGGCAUCAUAUUGCUCUAUCAUAUGAUGCGGUUAACUGAUAUGUUAAACACCUGUCCAGGAGUUGUGAGAUCUGGAAGGCGACUUCAAUGUAGUCAGCCUGGAAUGUGGCCAACCUGAUGAUUGGGGUUGGAUGAGAGAUGAGGACAGACUUGGUAAUGAAGGAAGCGUUCAGCAGCCAUCGUGUUGACUAGCAGAGACAACAGAAGCCAUAGGGUGGCAGUGAACUGUCAUAACAUCUACUGUCUAUCCACUGGUUACUUUGACACUAACUGUUGCUUUGUCACUACUAUAACUACUUUAACAAUUAAGAUUUUCUAUUUUAUUCUAUUCUAUUCAAAAUAGGAUACUUGAUUCUGCCACAAAAUAGAAAACUUAAUCAAGAAAUGGCUGGAACUCAGUGACGUCAUUACCAGUCACACAACUUGAGAGACAGUGACCAUGACAACUGACUGACCACACGGUGCAGUGGUUGACUUGGGGUCGAAGGGAACGUGAGAAAGACAGAAAGGUGGAAGGUUAAGUCUUUCUCAGCAGCAUCACUUUUAGUUGGAAAUGGCCCUGUGGUGAACCAAGGUAGAGCUGUGUACAUCCUCAUGCGUGUUUACGUGUGCAGACAUGAAGAUCUGCAUGACUUUGUUCACAUAUUAUCUUGGUGCUUCAGUGUGGGAACAUGGUUUGUGGUCAUAUCUGCUUGUCAUCACUUUUAGUUGGAAAUGGCCCUGUGGUGAACCAAGGUAGAGCUGUGUACAUCCUUAUGCGUGUCUACGUGUGCAGACAUGAAGAUCUGCAUGACUUUGUUCACAUAUUAUCUUGGUGCUUCAGUGUGGGAAGAGGGUUUGUGGUCAUGUCUCCUUGUAAAGCCAGAUCUCUGACCAGGUAUAUUAGAUCUUAGCAGACAGUCUGCAAAACACAAGUCCUGAAGCUGAACAAUAGAGGAAUCUGCAUACAGUCUACCCACACUCGUCAUAUCCUCUCUGUCUCUGUCUGGAUUUUGCUGCUUCCUGUGGUUGAGGCCUCAUCCUGUUCUUCUGUUUCUUCUUCUUCAUCUUCCUUGUCUGUGUUACCAUUGCUCCGACGAGAGACUGGAGGAGUCACCAGGUUAUACUGACUAGGAUCAUUCACGACACAUCUUAAGAUAUGGUGAACAAGUGUGUAGUCGUAAUUAUUAUUGUUUUUGUGCCGGAAGCAUUGGCGUUGACCCUGGGUCUUUACUAUGGACUGGUGAGAUUAUUUUUAUUUUAUCCAUAUGCAACUGUCAUUAUUGUCUGCCCCUAAAGACUAGGGGUUCCCGAAUUGUCGGCACAAACUAUAGUGGAAUAUUGUUUACUGCAUCGUAUAGUUUUCAUUCUUAAUUCAUUAUGUGAUCUGUAAAGCUUCAUAGUUUGAUCAUCUAUAUUGACAUCAAACAUGGGUUUAAAUACUUGAAAAAUAAUUUAAAAUACUUUGAGUGUUUUCUUGAGUUUGCCUGAAGUACCAGAUGGGACAUUUCUAUUGGUUUAUUGAGACAGGCAGGCUCAAAAUGGCUCAGAUAAAAUAUUUGAAGUUAUUUUUUGUUUGUUAUUUUAAACCCAGGUCUGGUUGAUAUUAUCUUCAAAAGCCCAAGUUCCUGUACUAUCUGUUGAGUAUAUCUGAUAUGAGAGUAUAUACAUAAAAGGGUGGUUCCAUGAAUAGAGGGCCUUUUGGGUAAUUCAGUGAAAAAUAACUAUUUAUUUCACCUAAUUUUAACAUUCUGUCGUAAAGAACACAUGUUCAACUUAAAGAAAAAACAAUGUGUUUUCCCAUCUCCAGAGGUUAAAGUAAGGAAAAUUACUAUAAAAGGUGACAAUUAAAGUAACAGGGUGGCCCGUAACAUGGUGGACGAUUUCAUUUGAAAUCAGCCAUAACUCCGCUUGUGACAGUGGAAAUGGAAGCUUGUUGUGAGUGAUAGAGAAUGGGAAUUUAAAAAAUAUAAUCUGUUUAGUUAGUGUGUAGCUGUAUUUGAUUCAACUGUUAAAUUGAGUGUUUUAUCUAAAUGUACACACAAUGUUACAAGGACAUAAAAGGCACUUUAUUUAUGGAACGACCCAAAUCUAAUACACAAAAGAGUUAGCAGACAUUGUUCUCAAUGGGAGAAAAAGAGAACUGGUUAGUAUUAUGAAGUAAUGUAUUGAAACUAAAAUUUACUUUUACAGAAGCCUUUCCCACUGGAUAUGGCCCCUAACUCUAUUGAUGAUCAAUACGUUGGCUGCAGUAACAAGAUGCACAAUGAGGUGAACACAGUCUACCUCCCACGUGAGAAAAAAAUAAAUUCAGACUUCAAUAAUGCCUGGAACGAAGCAGGACAAAAGGCCACACCAUCUAUCCAUAAACUGAAAAAAGAACAUUUCAUGGCUAUAAAAGUGUACACUGAUAAAACGAACAAUAUCUACCGGGACUUCAACAUACAAGUUAGAGAUGGUAGAUCUAAUUAUGGGACAACAUCAUUCCAGUACCAUUCCCUCCACUUCUAUCUAACUGAGGCCAUUCAAAUGCUCAAACGAAGUCAAACAGCAUGUAUGACCACCUACCGUAGAACCAAAGAUUAUUUUGAUCAGGAGGUUGUCAACAAAAAGAUCCGUUUUGGCACCUUCGCCUCGAGCAGUGUAGAUAAGGAUAUAGGCAGAGAUUCAUUUGGAGCGACGUCCUGCUUUGAGAUCUCCACAUGUCUUGGAGCUGACAUAUCAUAUUACUCUGUAUUUACUGGAGAGAGAGAAGUCUUAAUUCCUCCCUAUGAGGUAUUCACAGUGACCAACAUCCAGACGAAGUCACCAGAGAAUAACUUGUGGUGUGAAGUCGUCUACACACUAGUGAACACUGGAGUUCAGAGUGACUUGAAUUGCAAGUUGCAAAAUGGAGCAAAAUCAAACAUGAGAAGCAGCUUUUCUGCAUUCAACCGCGCAUCAGGAAAAGGCUACAUAACGCUCUAUAUUAUGUUGAUAAUUACUGUAUAUCACUGAUCAUUCCCCCACCAAUGUACAAUUAAGUAAUCUGAAACAAAUGUAUCUUUCCUUCUUUCAGCUGUAAUGAUCCUGUUAAAUACUUUUUAACCCGCAUUGCUUGCUCAGAUUAAGAUCAAGGUUAUUUUUCUUAAUAUUGUGUAGUAAUUUGUUGACAUUGAAUCGAAUUGUAAUUUGUGAUUUGUUGACAUUUGUUAGCAUGUACACUCUGUUUGUUUACAUUCAUCUGUACUGUUGUAAAUGUUACCCACAUUGUUUGCUUGAAUUGUUAACAUUUCUUCUGCCAGUGAAUUGGCAUUUGUUGUCAUGUGCAUUGCAGCUUUUGUUAAAACCAAUAAAGAAAAGCAUUUAGUAUUAUUACAUCUCCUGUUCUAUUUAUCCACAACCUGCACAUCUGUUAUAAAUAUAUUAAUUUCAGCUCACUUUAAGAAAAUUAGUUUGUUCUCAGGUAUAAUUAGAAGUGGCUACAAAGAUAUUUAGAUUUAAACUAAGAUUAAACUAUUUCUAAAUAUUUGUAGAAAUAAAUUAAACUAAUGGCUUCGAAAUAAACUUGAUGCAGCAAUUCGACCAUGAAGGCCUGAUUCACACAGUCUCCUCUGAACAGUUGAUGUUGAGAUGUGUCUGUUACUUGAACUCUGUGAAGCAUUUAUUUGGGCUGCAAUUUCUGAAGCUGUUAACUCUAAUGAACUUAUCCUCUGCAAAAGAGGUAACUCUUGGUCUUCCAUUCCUGUGGCGGUCCUCAUGAGAGCCAGUUUCAUCAUAGCGCUUAGCAAAGUAAUGAUGGACUAUGUGUUAUUUCAUAGUUUUGAUGGCUUCACUAUUAAAAAUAAAGAAAAACCCUUGAAUGAGUAGGUGUUCUAAAACUUUUGACCGGAAGUGUAUAUAUAUUUUUACACAAAUUGCUACAGUUAUUGUUAUUUAUGGUGGUAAUACAUUUUGUUGUUGUAAAUUUUAAUAGUGGGAGGGUCUGCACAUUUUUUGAGAGUACAAGGGGAGGGUCAUGUGAAAAUAUUUUUUAUGUGGGGGAGAGGGGUGAUUAUUAUUUUCUUUUUUGACACCUCGAGUUAGCAAGACAGCACAAACAGAUCUGGGACUCAGGCUAGGAAAGAGCUAAACAGCAGUCAGAGGUUAUGAGUGAAGUCACCCUGAUGACUGACUGGUGACUGGUAUCAUUCCAUAUUUUCCUAAUGUGAUAUAUUUUAUGAAAUAUUUGAAUGGACAAUUAAGAUUUUCUAUUUUAUUCUAUUCUGUCCUAUUCUAUUCAAAUUAGGAUACUUGGUUCUGCGACAAAAAAAUUAAAAUAAGCUGUGGUGUGAAGUUGUCUACACAGUAGUGAGCAUUGGAGUUGCAAAAUGGAACAAAAUCAAUCCUGAGAAGCAGCUUUUCUUCAUUCAGCAGAGCAUCAGCUAUAGGCUACUUAAUGCUCUUUAUUAUGUUAAUCAUUCCUGUAUAUCACUGAUUAUUCCACAACCCCCCACCAAUGUACCAUGAAGUAAUCUGAACUUUCCUUCUUUCUGUUAUAAUGAUCCAGUUAUAAAUAGUUUAACCUGUAAUGGUUAGUGUUUUCCUCAUCACAUCGUAUUAUCAUUUGUUGACGUAAUGUCUUGAACAUUUUAUGAGUUAAUAAAAGUUAAUAAAUUAAUAUUCACCAUUAUGUUACUGAUAACCUCCACCCCAUCAAUAUUGUGUUUAUAUUCACCAUUAUGUUACUGAUAACUUUCAAAUGAAUCAUUUGACAUCGUUUUACAGAGCAGUAACACUUAGUCAUGGCUUUGAAAUAAACUGGAGGCCAAAGAGUAACAAGUAGGCUGGCUAACCAGAGAGAGAAGAUGUGGCUGUCAGAGGGAGGGAGGGAGGGAGGGAGGGAGGGAGGGAGAGAGUGAGUGAGUGAGUGAGUGAGUGAGUGAGUGAGUGAGUGAGUGAGUGAGUGAGUGAGUGAGUGAGUGAGUGAGGGAGGGAGGGAGGGAGGGAGGGAGGGAGGGAGGGAGGGAGGGAGGGAGAGAGUGAGGGAGGGAGGGAGGGAGGGAGGGAGGGAGGGAGGGAGCGAGCGAGGGAGAGCAGUGGCAGGGUUAGUAGUUUCCUGUGUCUGUGAGUUCAGAGCUCAGCACUGCAAAGUCUAUCAACCACAACGAGGAGAGAACGGUCUCGUUCAAGGCAGACUAUAUUGCAGUCAGGCUGCACACAGCAACCAAUGGGCAUUAGAUUACUAUACCACAUGAUUUGGUUAACUGAUAUGUUAAACACCAAUCCAGGCGUUGUGAGAUCUGGCAGGCGACGUCAAUGUAGUCAGCCUGGAACGUUGCCAAUGUCAUGAGUGGGGUUGGAGGAGAGAGGGGGCGGGACUUGGUAAUGAGGAAGCGUUCAGAAGCCAUCGUGUUGACUAGCAGAGACAACAGAGGCCACAGGGUGGCAGUGAACUGUCAUAACAUCUACUGUCUAUCCACAGAUUACUUUGACACUAACUGUUGCUUUGACACUACUAUAAAACCCAAUAUCUCUAAGACAUGGAAAUGAUCAUGAAUAUCUUAAGUUUAUAACUUCCUGCCUGGGCAGACGAGACAGUGGAUAGAGCAGUCAGACGGAACAGAGUAAAGAGUCAUUUUAACAUCAUAGAUUUAGUCGGUGGUAACUUGUGGAAUAGACACCGGCUGGAAUGCGCUUUUAACCAAUCAGCAUUCAGGAUUAUACCCAGCCGUUGUAUAAACAUAUAUAACUGUUAGAUUAGGUGCUACCUAAACAGUAGCUGAACUCCAUCAUAAACUCCACAGUCAGUGGCCCUAUGUUACCAAACAAUAUGGCCAUAGUCUCAAUCUGUUUCCUUCCUUUCCUUGUCUCCUUUCCUUGUCUCCUAUCAUUUGUAACCACCACAUAUCUGAAAGACCUCACCAUUUGAACGCAAUAUGAUGGAACUCUAUCAACCUACCAGUCCUCUCACAUCUCAGUCAUAACAAAGGAAUUGAACACUAUCAACCUACCAGUCCUCUCACAUCUCAGUCAUAACAAAGUAAAGGUAACAACCAUAACCAGUAGUAUUAGAAUACUGCCUAAAUCAUAACCUGGACAUUGGCAUGAGAGACAACAGAAUAGCGAACACACACACUAAUGUACCCAGAGGCCUUCAGUCUUGACAUGGUGCAUUCUGGGCAAAAGAGGGCAGUGUUUACCUCAACCAGCUAAAGGAAUGAUUGGCAGACAAAGCUUAGACUUGACCAGAGGUAAUCAACCCUAUUUCUGGAGCGCAUCAGGUACUGCAGGAUUUUGUCCCAACUAGGCACCACACUGUAUGUGGUUGUGUAUGUGAAGGGAAUGGGGGAUACCUAGUCAGUUUCACAACUGAAUGCAUUCAACCAAAAUGUGUGUUCCACAUUUAACCCAACCCUUCUGAAUCAGAGAGGUGCAGGGGGCUACCUUAAUCAACAUCAGGGAGCAGUGGUUGUUGGGGUUUAACUUCUCAAGCAGAGAAACGGCAGAUUUUCCACCUUCACCGGCUCAGGAGUCAAACCAGCAACCUUUCGUUUACAGCCCAACGCUCUUAAACACUAGGCUACCUGUGUGGGUAUGUGUGUGUGUGUGUGUGUGUGUGUGUGUGUGUGUGUGUGUGUGUGUGUGUGUGUGUGUGUGUGUGUGUGUGUGUGUGUGUGUGUGUGUGUGUGUGUGUGUGUGUGUGUGUGUGUGUGUGUGUGUGUGUGUACUGUGCUAAAGGGCUACCUGUGUGUGUGUGUGCGUGUGUGUGUGUACUGUGCUAAGGGGUUUGUGGUUUGAGGGGUACUUGUAUCUGUAGGUGCCUGUUCUCAGCAAGAGAGGAGGGACUGUGAAAAUAACCACAAGAGCACUGAUAUAACAAGGCCCCCUGAAAGCUGAACAUUUCAAUGCUGAUUCUGUAUCUUAAAAGACAAUUCAUCUCCAUUACAAGUUGCCAUUGGACCAACAUAUUUUGACAUCAUGGCAAGACACAAGAUCCUAAGCUUUACUGUGAUGUAUUUCAUCCAGGCUUGGACUUUGGGUGUGGACUCCAAGAUGGUAAGAUAUUACACAAUUUUGAGAGAGAGAGAGAGAGAGACAGAGAGAGAGACAGAGAGACAGAGAGACAGAGAGACAGAGAGACUGUCACGCUCUGGCUCCGGGACUUUGUAUGUUGAGCCAGGGUGUGUUCGUUUUGUUGUGUUUUGGGUGUGUUGUCUUUGUUGUUCAUGUGACUCCCAAUCAGUGGUAACGAGUGUCAGCUGUCGGCUCGUUAUCUCUGAUUGGGAGCCAUAUUUAAACUGUGUGUGUUCACCUUGGGGUUGUGGGUUUUUGUUCCGUAUCAGUCUUUGUCACUGUGGACUUCACGUAUCGUUAUUUGUUUAUUUGUUUUCGUGGUUGCUUUAACUUUAAUAAAGUCAUGUUCGAUCAACACGCUGCGCCUUGGUCCGCUCAUUUGGAAGACGAUCGUGACAGAAAAACCCACCAAAGAAGGACCAAGCAGCGUGUCCAGGAGCAAGGAGACUGGACAUGGGAGGAAGCGCCGGGUAAGGAGAUCGAGAGGCUGGCGAUGGCCCAGGUGGGCAAAUCGUGGUCCUGGGAGGACAUGCUCGGGGGCAAGGGACCUUGGGGGAGGAUCAAGGCCCUGGCGAGAGAGGAGCAACGGCGUCAGCAGGGCCAUCGUCGGAGGGACGAGAGGCAACCCCAAAAAGUUUUUUGGGGGGGGCACAUGGCUUGGGCGGCUGGGCAGCAGGAGGCUGCCACAGGGAGACGUGGAGAGAAGGCUACCGGAUUACGGGAGCCAUUGGCGAGUAGAGGGAGGGAAGCAGUUGAGGCACGGCGUGAGAGACUGAGGUGUGUUACCAGUCCGGUCCGGCCCGUUCCUGAUCCCCGGUUAAGGCCAGUGGUGUGUGUUCCCAGUACGGACCGGCCUGUUCCUACUCCACGCAUCAAGCCCACGGUGUACGUCGCCAGCCCAGCCCGGCCUGUUCCUGCUUCUCGCAUCAAGCCUACGGUGUGCGUCGCCGGUCCGGCCCGGCCUGUUCCUGCUCCACGUACGAAGCCUACGGUGUGCGUCGCCAGCCCAGUCCGGCCUGUUCCUGCUCCACGCACAAAACCUACGGUGUGCGUCGCCAGCCCUGUCCGGCCUGUUCCUGCUCCACGCACUAAGCCUACGGUGUGCGUCGCCAGCCCAGCCCGGCCUGUCCCUGCUCCACGUACGAAGCCUACGGUGUGCGUCGCCAGCCCAGCCCGGCCUGUUCCUGCUCCACGCACAGAACCUACGGUGUGCGUCGCCAGCCCAGCCCGGCCGGUUCCUGCUCCACGUACGAAGCCUACGGUGUGCGUCGCCAGCCCAGUCCGGCCUGUUCCUGCUCCACGCACAAAACCUACGGUGUGCGUCGCCAGCCCUGUCCGGCCUGUUCCUGCUCCACGCACUAAGCCUACGGUGUGCGUCGCCAGCCCAGCCCGGCCUGUCCCUGCUCCACGUACGAAGCCUACGGUGUGCGUCGCCAGCCCAGCCCGGCCGGUUCCUGCUCCACGCACUAAACCUACGGUGUGCGUCGCCAGCCCGACCCGGCCUGUUCCUGCCACUCGCACCAAACCUACGGUGCGCGUCGCCAGCCCGGUCCGGCCUGUUCCUGCCACCCGCACCAAGUCUACGGUGCGCGUCGCCAGCCCGACCCGGCCUGUUCCUGCCACUCGCACCAAACCUACGGUGCGCGUCGCCAGCCCGGUCCGGCCUGUUCCUGCCACCCGCACCAAACCUACGGUGCGCGUCGCCAGCCCGACCCGGCCUGUUCCUGCCACUCGCACCAAACCUACGGUGCGCGUCGCCAGCCCGGUCCGGCCUGUUCCUGCCACUCGCACCAAGCCAAGGGUGCGAGGCGUCAGCCUGAUCCAGCCCACUCCUGCUACUCGCACCAAGCCAGGGAUGCGAGUCGUCAGCCUGGGGAGGCCCGUUCCGGCUCCACGCAUCAAGCCUAGGGUGCGUUUCGUCGGCCCUGUCCGGCCCGUUCCUGCUCCCAGCACCAAGUCUGUGGUGCGUUUCGUCAGCCCUGUCCGGCCCGGUCCCGCUCUCCGCACCAAGUCAAGGGUGCGCUUCGUCAGCCCGGUCGGGCCCAUUCCUGCUCCCCGCGCCAAGGCAGUGGUGCGCGUCGUCAGCCUGGUAAGGCCCGUUCGUCCUCCACGCACCAAGCCAGGGGCGCGUGUCGUCAGUCCGGCUCCGGUCAGCGGGGCUAGACAGGACCAGGGGUACUUUGGGGGGUUGCAGAGGAGGUGGGGAUCAAGGCCGGAGCCAGAGCCACCGCCGAGGAGGUAUGCCCGCCCAGCCCUCCCUUGUUUAGCCCGUAUUGAGGCGCGGUCGCAGUCCGCGCCUUUAGGGGGGGGUACUGUCACGCUCUGGCUCCGGGACUUUGUAUGUUGAGCCAGGGUGUGUUCGUUUUGUUGUGUUUUGGGUGUGUUGUCUUUGUUGUUCAUGUGACUCCCAAUCAGUGGUAACGAGUGUCAGCUGUCGGCUCGUUAUCUCUGAUUGGGAGCCAUAUUUAAACUGUGUGUGUUCACCUUGGGGUUGUGGGUUUUUGUUCCGUAUCAGUCUUUGUCACUGUGGACUUCACGUAUCGUCAUUUGUUUAUUUGUUUUCGUGGUUGCUUUAACUUUAAUAAAGUCAUGUUCGCUCAACACGCUGCGCCUUGGUCCGCUCAUUUGGAAGACGAUCGUGACAGAGACAGAGAGACAGAGAGAGAGAGAGAGAGAGAGAGGUAUUACAGUAUACUUUUUUUUGAUUAGAUAUGUAUUCGUUUUAGUUCUUAUAUAUAAAUAGUAUUAUAGCUAUUACUUUUAUUGUUGUCACUGUUGUUUUCAUAAUUGUGUGUAUCACUUUGCUUUGGCAACAUUUAUGAAUUUGAGAGAGAGAGAGAGAGAGAGAGAGAGAGAGAGAGAGAGAGAGAGAGAGAGAGAGAGAGAGAGAGAGAGAGAGAGAGAGAGAGAGAGAGAGAGAGAGAGAGCAUUUAAAUGCAUAGAACCAUUCCUCUGUUUUACACGUGUUGCUGUUCCCCCCCCCCCCCCCCCCCCCCCCCAGCAUACCCUUAGACAUGGUCCCUAACUCUGUUGACGACAUGUAUAACGGCUGCACUGAACAAAUGUACAACAAGGUACGGAAGGAAUAUCUUCCAAAUGAAAACAGAAAUGUAGGGAUAUUCAAUGAAUCCUGGAAAAAGGCAGCAGGGUGUGCAAAAAAUGUGAAGGACAGAUUCAAAAAGGACAAGUCCAAGUACAAUUCUAAAGACAAACUUACACAUGAUCAUAUCAAGGCUAUCUGUGCUUACACAGGAGGUCAAACUAAGAUGUACCCAGAGUUCAACCAAGCAGUCCGGACCAAUAGAACAGAGUACACAACCUCCUUCCAGUUCAACUCUCUGCAUUUCCUGCUGACUGACAACAUUCGCCUCCUGAAACUAAACCAAAAGACCUGUCACACCACAUACCGGAGAACCAACAUGGAGUUUGGAGGUGAAGUUAACAAAAUAAUCAGAUUCGGCUUCUUUGCCUCCAGCUCUUUCCUAAAGAACUUGACACAUUUUGGAGAGAAGUCCUGCUUUGAGAUAAAGACAUGUUUUGGCGCUGAUCUGAAGUCCUUCCCCAAAAUGGGGAAUCGUGAAAAGGAGGUGUUGAUUCCACCGUAUGAAGUGUUCAAAGUUACUGCCGUGCUGAAGAAAGAAAAUGAUAAAAACCUUUGGUGCGAUGUUGUGUACAAACUGGAGAGUAUCAACCCCCCCAAGAGUAACCUGAAUUGCAACAUUUUUAAGAAGCCAAUUAUUAAUUAA